CCCCACCACACUCAUUGACCACCACUGUCUCUUGCGUGAUAUUUUAUCCAGUGAUACCUCAAAACCCUGGAUACUGUGAUAGCUAGCAUAUACGACAACGAACCCAACUCCCCCCUCAUCUUUUCACGAUGGCCGCACGAGAUGCGCCCAAGCCGCAGAUCGACCGUCAAUCAACCACGCCUUUCCACCUGAAGCUCUUCUAUCGCGUGAAUAAUUACCACCAUCUUGCCGACUUUGCCAUCCCCUCCACGCCUUCUUCCUUUGGAGGGCCCGUUAGCGGUCCCAAUGCCAUCAGAGCUCGCUCGCCCCCUCCGACACAACUCCCUUCCCAUCUCCAGAUCUAUACCUGGCAGUCAUGCACUCUGCGCGAGCUGUCGCAGCUGCUCACUUCGGCGCUCCCAUCGUUACUUCCAAACCCAGCUGUGGGCACGCGACUGUGUUUCCGACUUAUCUACCCGGAUACGCGAGGGGCGGCAACCAUGGGACCCGAUGCGAAGGGUCGGUACUUGAGCAAGGAUAUCGGUAGUGUGGUGGUUGGGCCAAGUGAAAGUUCGCACCGCGAUGAAAACGACGACGAUGACAGCCAUCCGGUGGCUCCUCGGGCACUACGGAUGCAGGGAAGCGAAGCAGAGAAGACCUUGCAGGACGUCCGGUUCGUGAUUGGGGACUACGUGGAUUGUGCAAUUCUCCCGCCACUCGAGGAUGGAUCGAUUGCGCCGCCGAUUAAUGGUGGACGGGGACCAAUGAGCGGACCUCCCGGAGGAGGAAUGAGAGCCUUCCGAGAAAAUGGAUUUGGUGGACGACCGGGGCGAGGCCGGGGAGGCGAUCGUGGGGUGCCCUUUGGAGAUUGGAGGCGGGGAGAGAGACUACCAGAGGGAGGAGGACGUGGGGGCGGGGGACCUGGAGGCCCUGGAAGAAGGGGAUGGGCUCCGUACUAA